CGCUACAUGAUGGGUGUGACCGAAUGGCAGAGCUACCAGUAUAUAAGCAGAGCCGCGGAACGCGCGCCGAGAACAACUGACGAGAAGUGAACCUGAACGCAGACAUGGAUCAUUUUUUAGUACCGUUCCUCCUGUUCCUCCUGUGUUCCGUGGCACGUGCAGUCAAUGGCCAACACGAUCAAAAUUACCAGAAAACGACACCUGUGCCGAUACUCAAACAGAUCGACAGGCACAACGAAGACGGAAGUUACAGUUACGGCUACGAGGCAGCGGAUGGCUCGUUUAAAAUAGAGUCGAAAUAUCCGACCGGAGAAGUUUACGGGAAAUACGGAUUCGUCGAUGACACCGGAAAAAUUAGGGAAGUCGAAUACGGCGCUUCUCACCGGGGUUUCGAACCCGCCGGUACCGACAUCAACGUACCUCCGUCGACCGUUCAGGGGAACAGCGUGGCCAAUCCCAAUGAUCCGGAGGACGACGGUCAGUACAGAGAAGAUCCAUCGAUUUAUCACACCGAUCCGAAAUACACGAACGGAGAAUAUUACAGACCGAUAUCCAAACGACCGAGUAACCAAAUAAGACCGAACAGCGCACCUGCUACACCCUACGAUUUAUCGGCACUUCCGGUACCAAUGCGAUCGCAGUAUCAACCGACUUACCAACAGCAAUACCAGCCCCAGUAUCAGCCCCAGCAAUAUCAGCAGGAAUAUCGAUAUCAGGAUCAAGUACGGUACCAACAACCGCUUCAGUAUCAAACACCCCAAUCCCAACCCCAAAUUCAAAGGAAUUACGUUAAUAACUACGGGCAGUAAAAUUGCUCCGUCGAAUAUACCGUUGUACAUAUAUUUGAAUAAUUUUUACAUUCACGAGUUUCUGUGAUCUUUUUUCAUUUCACGAUAUAUAAAUAUUUGUUUUUUUUCUUUUUUCAACCGCAUUAUCGUAUUUGAAAUAAAUAAUCUCAAAGGGACUCCGAGCCUCAUUCUU